GCUCUAGGACCCCGCUGGGGCGCCUCCAUAGUCGCGGCUGCGCGCGCACCCGCCUCUCCUUUUCCGGCGCGGCCUCCAUCGCGGUGCCUGCUGAGGGCGGCGGACUCGGGACAUGGCGAUUCGGUACCCAAUGGCCGUGGGCCUCAACAAAGGCCACAAGGUGACGAAGAAUGUUGCAAGCCCACGCCAGUGCCGGCGCCGUGGGCGCCUGACCAAGCACACCAAGUUUGUACGGGACAUGAUUCGGGAAGUGUGUGGCUUUGCACCUUAUGAGAGGCGAGCGAUGGAAUUGCUCAAGGUCUCCAAAGACAAGCGUGCUCUGAAAUUCAUCAAGAAAAGGGUUGGGACUCACAUCCGGGCGAAGAGGAAACGUGAGGAGCUCAGCAAUGUCCUGGCAGCCAUGAGGAAAGCAGCAGCCAAGAAGGACUAGCCUCUGUAGCCUUGUUCUCUCUCAAUAAAGCUCUUCCAACAAGA